GGAAAGCUAAACUCACAUACAUUACUUGUGUUAAAAAACAACAUCUAUAACAUAUAUUGUGAUAUAAAUAGAAAAAACCAUCGUGAUCCUCAUUUAUUAUCUUCUCCUUCUUUGUUUAGAUUCUCAUUUAAAAAGAGAAGCAAGCAAAGGAGGGGGAGCUUCUUUUCUCACUUGCUUCUUAUUGGAUACCACAUUGUCGGACCCACCCAUUAAAUCUAUUUCUCUUUCUGUAUUGGGUUGCAGAGAGAGAGACAUAGCUGUACCAUCUUCUUGAAGAUCUGCCACCAAGAUACGUUUUUGUGGUGGCACAUUGACUUCUUGCAAGUCCUUUCUGCUAGGUAGCUGAUUCUUUUGACAAGAAUACUUUUGGUGAUCAGAAGUUCAAACGGUGAUCAGAAGUUCAACAGUGAACAGGUUAUAAUGGGUGCUUGUGUAUCCACGCCAUCUAAAAAUAUUAAAUCACGAAAGAAACACCAUCACCGGUUCAGGAAACGGCAUGGAAAAUUUUCUAAGAAAUUCCCUGAUGGCACCAAGAAAAGGAAGAGUGAUGCAGGAAAUCGGUUAACAGAUUAUGCUUUAAGUGAGUUUGUUCACAUGGACUUUGAGAAGGGUGCAACAACUACUUGCAGAAGGUCAGAGGUUUCCAAUUCAACAUUCCAUCUCACUCAGCUGCAAUGGCACCACAGUCAAUAUGACACAAAUGUAAUUUGCCAAGAGGAUGCUUGGUUUGACUCAGUCAGUAUUCUGGAUUCUGAUUCGGAUGAUGACUUCAUCAGUGUACAUGAAGAUGGUUUUCAAUCGGUAGGCAGUGCAAUUGGGAAUAUUUCAAGUGGCCAAGUGCUUCAGUAUGAAAGAUCAGCAUGCCUUAUGGAUAGCUUGUGCAAGUAUGAAGAAUACCAUGAAAGAUAUCUGAAAAUUGAUGGAGGUAAAUCAGAGAAAUUUAGUACCCAGGGUUAUGAGCUUUCUCGCUUAGGAAAGGCUGAUGAAGUUUGCAGCAAGAGGGAGAAAAUGAUAGAUCAUUCUUAUGGAAGCUUUAAAGGUCUAAAAGAGGAUAGACGUGAUUCUAAAGAGAAAAUUCAAGGCUUGCCUAAGCUGUUUUCUUCUUACAGUUUCAAUGACAAGGUUCUAAACCCACCAAGUAUGGGUCCCCAGGCUCAGAGAAAGCAAUCAGCAGUUUUCAGGCUUUCUUUCAAGAGGAAAUCCUGUGAUGGAGAAGAAGCCAUCAAACAUUGUCAAUCAAAAAGAUACUUGUACUGUCCAAGAGCUGGACAUGUAAUUCCACGUUGUACAGGAGAGAAGUUGACCCCAGGAUGUUGGUCUGAGAUUCCACCCUCAACUUUUAAACUGCGUGGUGAAAGUUAUUUCAAAGAUAAGCGGAAGUCACCCGCUCCAAAUAACAGUCCAUACACUCCAAUAGGUGUUGAUUUAUUUGUCUGCCCGAAGAAGAUAGAUCACAUUGCCCAACACAUUGAGCUUCCUAAUGUGAAAGCGAAUGACAAAGUGCCCUCACUCCUUAUUGUAAAUAUCCAGUUGCCUACUUAUCCUGCUGCAAUGUUCCUUGGUGAUAGUGAUGGGGAAGGGAUGAGUCUUGUACUAUACUUCAAAGUUUCUGAGAAUCUAGACAAAGAAAUCUCUCCCCAAUUUCGGGAAAGCAUCAAGAAAUUGGUUGAGGAUGAUAUGGAGAAGAUUAAAGGAUUUGCAAAAGAUUCCACUGUUCCUUUUAGAGAAAGGCUAAAGAUCAUGGCUGGGGUCGUUAAUCCUGAGGAUCUUCACUUGAGUUCUACUGAAAGGAAGCUUGUUCAGGCUUAUAAUGAAAAGCCUGUACUUUCACGGCCUCAGCACAAUUUUUAUAAAGGUCCUAACUAUUUUGAAAUUGAUCUGGACAUUCAUCGCUUCAGCUACAUAUCAAGGAAGGGACUUGAAUCAUUCCGAGAACGUCUGAAAAAUGGAAUACUUGAUCUGGGUUUAACAAUCCAGGCACAAAAACAGGAAGAACUGCCAGAGCAAGUACUGUGCUGUUUGAGAAUGAACAGAAUUGAUUUUGUUGAUAAUGGUCAAAUACCAACACUCGUGAGCCUGGAUGAAGAUUGAUACGGAUGAUUAGAUGCAGGGUAGCAUAUAAAAGAUACGGACACUCGACAGCAUUAUGUACACAUUGAAGUCUCUGCAUUUCUGCCACAUGUAGAAGUAAAGAAAAGUCCAAAAUAAUAUAUAUAUAUAUGAAGCGUUCUUUUGUUUUGAAUAUAUAAUCAUGUCCACAUCUAUAUGCUUGUGCUACUAUACGUAUGUUAUAUAUGGACCUGGGCCAUAAUUUGUAUUGGUACAAAGCGGUCAACAGUAACACAAAAGAUGAACUAGUAAUACUAACUUGUAAGUUCGUGUAGUAA